GGCAAACGUGCGUCCUUUACAAAUCAUAAAUAAACACAACAAUUGACUGAAAAUUUGUGUGCCAAGUGAAUGAAAACCGGUAUGGAAAGUGUUUACGAGAAGAGUUAAACAACAAAAAGUAUUGGAAAUUUAUUUCGUGUGCAUUGUGUGUGCAGCGAGAAGCAAGUGCCGUUAAAUACAAAACCGCCCCGCUAACAAAAACAACCACAUAAACAACAACAACAACGACAACAAAAGUUACACCCCAAAAAGUUGCCGCCGCUGUCGCAGUCGCCGUCGUCGUCGCCGUCUCAGUAAGCGUCGCUGUUCGCAUUUGGAAAUACAAAUCGUGUUUUGCGCUUUAGCAUUUUGCAGUUAUUGUUGUUGGCCGUUGUUGUUGCCGUUGUUGUUCAUUCGCCAAGUUAUUUACGUCGCGUCGCGCAAACAGCAACAACAAAAAAUUUACAAUUAAAAUUACGCGCGCUACGUCAAAAAGUAUCUGCAAGAUACACACACCUAAAACAUACGCACGCCAAAAAUAAGCGUAAGAGCAAGGGAGAGAGGGGCAGAUAGCGAAAUUGCGUGUGCGAGCGAGAGGGAACAGGUCGCACAAUAUGCGCAAAAUUCAACUAAAAUGCAGCAUAUCAAGGCUGUAAAAACUUUUACGAUCCAACCUUAACGCCAAGCACCCCAAGCCCCCCAAAAUAAUGCCAGAUACAAAUUAAGGUCGCCACCUACGUUGCGUUGUGGCACCUGAGAGCAAGUGUAUUAGUCUUAGCAGCAGCAGCAGCAUCUACGAGGAUAACCCUCCCACAAAGGCCGUAAAACAUUUUGGCCAAAGCAACAUUUACAGUUACAGUCGCUACACAGGCUCGUAAAUAGCCAGCAGAACAAAACAAAACAAAACAAAACUCAACCCAAAUAAACCAACAACAAUUGUAGUUGCAAAAGGAAAAAGAAAGUGGAAGAAGCAGAGGAAAAUAAAUAAAUAAAGCAGCAGAGAUGGCGGGCAAUAUUGUCAAAUGGUGGAAGCACAAAAUACUCGGCGGCUAUAAACAAUUCUCAGUUCAGGAAUGCACCACAGACUCGGAGGAGCUGAUGUACCAUCAGGUGCGCGCCUCAUCUUCAUGCAGUGCGCCGCCUGAUUUGUUGCUGGUCAGCGAACGUGAGAAUAAUAUACAACUUCGAUCGCCUGUGGUUAACAUAAUCACCACGCCCCCGGGCAAUGCAUCAAACGUUGCAGUCGCCAAGCGAGAGCAGCAGCAGCCACUACAGCAGCAGCCGCAGCCGCAACAUCAUCAUCAUGUGACCCGGCAGCAGCAGGAGAUGAACAGCAGUGGCAACCAUAGCAAACACUUGCGCAUCAGCAGCGCCAAUGGCAAGCACAACAAAUAUGUAAAUAUGCCACAGCAGCUGGAGGAGGAUGUGGUCGACGCAGCAGCAGCAGCAGCAAUGCCCAUGCCACAUGCAACACAUCCGCAAUACAAUUCGCGACAUUUGCAUCAUCACAGCAAGGAGGAGCGCAUACGUUUGGAGGAAUUCACCUGCGAUGUAUCCGUUGAGGGUGGCAAAUCGUCGCAGCCGCUGCAAUUUUCAUUCACAUUCUAUGAUCUGGAUGGGCAUCACGGCAAAAUAACAAAGGACGACAUUGUGGGCAUUGUGUAUACCAUAUACGAGUCCAUUGGCAAGUCCGUGGUGGUGCCACACUGUGGCAGCAAGACAAUUAACGUGCGCCUCACCGUCAGUCCGGAAGGCAAAUCGAAAACGCAGGCAGCUGCCGCAGCAGCAGCCGCGGCUGCCGCGGCCGCCUCCACAUGCCACAACAACAAUAACAGCAAUAGCAACAACAACAACAACAGCAGCAGCAGCAGCAAACUGAAGAAGCUGCCCACGGGGCUGGCGGCAAUGUCAAAAACAGCAGCAGCGAACGGCGUGGCACUAACGACAUCCGGCGGCGCACGCCGCCAGCAUCGUCAUCGACCACGCAAACUGAUUAAGUCCGAUGACGAGGACGAUGACAGCAACAGCGACAAGGAGAAGGAGCUGGCAACAGCUGCCGUCGAGCAGCAGCCCAGUGGCAGUGGCAGCGGCAAGCAGUCGAAGCCCAGAUACCAGAGAAACAAUACUAAAUUGGAGCCAUGCUGCAGCGGACAGCCGCAGUCGGAGCAGCACACGCCGGACAAUGGCCACAACAAUACCUGCGAGAAUAUGCUGAAUCUCAAAUGCUGCAGCGCUGCCAACAAGGAAGCAGCUGUCGAUGUCCUCGACUGCCCACAGCGGGCACAGCGACAUCAGCACCACAGCCACCACAGCAAUAGCCACAGUCACAGCCACAGCCACAGCCAGGAUGUCUACAUGAAGCAGGCAACACAGCGUGUCAAAAUGUUGCGGAAAGCGCGAAAACAGAAGUAUCAGGAUCACUGCCUUGAAACGCGGCAGCGCAGCCUCUCCGUGGGCAAUGACACCUGCUGGCAGAAUCGCCACCUUCAGCAGCAGCAGCCACAGCAGCCGCAGCCGCAGCCGCAGCAACAACUGGCGCAGAAGAGCGCCUCGUCGUCGCCUCCGUUGGGCGAAGUCAUGCUCGAUGGUGUUCAAUUGCGUCAGCCACGCCCACAAUCACUGCUCGCCCAGCAGCAGAGAAAAUCCGCCGAGUGCUGGAAAUCGGCGCUGAAUCGCAACGAUUUGAUUAGCAUCAUCAGGGAGAGCAUGGAAAAGAAUCGCUUGUGUUUUCAGCUAAAUGGAAAACCCCAAGCCAAUGUGAGUCCCAUACGGCAACCGGCAGCACAACAACAACAACAACAACAGCAACAGCAACGCCAACGCUGCAAUACCGGAUCGAAAAUACCGACGUUAAUUGCGAACCACAGUCCGCAGUCAGGUCAGUCGCCGCUCAGCUGCAGUCCGCCCACACAGUCGCCGGUGCCCAAUCAUAUAGAGGGCGGGCACGAUACGGCCAACAGCAGUGCCUAUCAUCCGCAGCCGCAUAUACCCAUCUACCAUCAGCAGCUGGCCAUUAAUCCGGCCGUGGUGGCUGCUCAGCACAGCCACAACAGCGCCCACAACAAGCUGAAUCUGUGUGGCUACGACUCGUUUCUGCAUGCCACCAUCUGUGGCGGUGGCGCCGCCCACUCGCCGCCAGCCACGCCCAGCAAUGUGGCCACCGUGCAGCCCAUACCGAAGAAGAGCAGCAAGCAGCAGGGCCAAAACUAUCAGCGACUCGAACAGCAGCAACAGCAGCAGCAGCAGCGCAGCAGCAAGGAUUACAAAAACUAUGGCAAUCUGAUCUAUGCCAAGCUCAGCGAGCAGCUGCAGCAGAAGGAGCGCGAACAGCGACGCCAGCAGCGACACAAGCAGCAACAGCAACAGCAGCAGCUACAGUCGAAGUCAGCAGCAACACGAGAAGCCUCACGUCCCAUGGUCACCUCUAGCUCCAGUUCGGCUGGUUCGAAGAUCUAUGGCGAUGCCCUCGAGUGUGCCCAUUUGCUGGCCAGCGAGGAGGAGGAGCCCACCAGUCCCAUGCUGACCAGCACCCCCAGCAAGGUGGUGUCCACGGACACGUUGAUCGAUCUGAACGACGAGGUGGGCGAAGCUGUGGCCGAGGCUGUCACAGCCAAGGAUCUGGACGAGCCGUCGGCGCAGCUGGCUGCAGAUGUUGAUCUGGACACGAGUGCGUCCAGCUCCAUGAUACAUCGCUAUGUGCACGAGCACAUACACCAUCACUAUCAUCACUUCAAGGAGCAGAACGACGUCUAAUCCCAUGUCGCUUCACUCUAUUUUUUUGUUUAAUCUUUAAU